AUGGUCGAAGAGUGUCAGCGCCAACUCGAGGAUGAUGAACUGUCGAGCUUCGCCCGUGAGCUCCGUGAUCUACCCGCCCUCUACAUAGAUCUAGACUCCAUCCGCGCUGCCUGGGGUAGCCCAAAACGCCACUCCGAGCGUUUCUUGGAAUUCGAGUCCAGCCACGAAAACGAAGAAGCCCCCGAGACUCGUCCCUCUAGGUUUCCUGAGGCCUCUGAGCGAUACACAGCCCAGAGUAGCACACGCUCUCCGAACUUGGGCUGUGACUGA